UCAUCUUCCUGUGUUGUUCACUCUAACGCUGCGCUGCUCGGUAGAUAAGCCGUACGCUCCAGCGCGCAAAAAGCGAGCGCUUAAUGCUCUAACAGCGCCGCUUUUUCUGCUGCCUUUAUGGAUUCUGGAAUAAUGAACUCCAACUGUAAAAGUGUUGAGGACCUUUCGGACAUUCUUCAUUCUACCUGCACUGAUAUCUUGGACUCUAUUGCUCCGCUCAGUGCGCGCUAAACAUUUAUCAGAGCCAUGGUUGAAUGAACAUACGCGCUCCCUCAGACGUGACUAUCGACGCGCUGAAAGGAGAUGGAAAAAGGACAGCUUGCACGUUUCCCUACAGGUGAACUGAGGAUCGUCCUGUAUGGACAGAGUGGACAGGGUAAAAGUACUCUAGGAGGCAUCAUCCUGGGCAACAGAGAAAUAUUCACUUCUAAUAAGGACUCAAAGAAGUGCCAUACGGAAAAAAAGACCAUCACGGGUCAAGAAGUGGUUGUUGUUGACACUCCAGGUCUGUUUAAAGUAGGUGAUGAUCGAGAGGAAGUGGUGGAAGAGAUCAAGCGGUCCAUCAAACAUGCUGAACCUGGUCCUCAUGUCUUCCUGUAUGUGGAGAGGUUUAAAGAGAUCUCACAAGAGAAAUUAGACGCACUGAAGGUUUUUCAGGACACGUUUGGUAAACAGGCAGUGGACUACACUAUGGUGGUGUUCACCACUAAAAAGAAGAAAAUCAACGACACUAUCAUGGAGAAAACACUGAAAUCCCUCACAAGAUUAACCGAUCAGUUCCAGCAAAGAUACUUUGUUUUUAACAUUGAAGACAUCGAACAACAAGAGUCUCAACUCGCCGAGCUGCUGGAGAACAUAACACGUGUAAAGAACUGUACUCCACAUUGCUACACGUCUAAGAUGCUCCAGGAGGCCGAAGAAGCUCUGAAAAUACGAAAGAAAACAAAACCAAAACCAGAAGAAGAGUGGCGCUCUUUUUAUGACCGGUGUGGUUUGAUGGGAAUGGCUGUCGGCUGUGCAGUUGGGUAUUUUAUUUGUGGUGGUGAGCUGACGCCUACAACAGGAGCUGGGGUUGGCGCUGUAGUUGGUAUGAUGCUGUUUGUGGGAAUAGCGUUUUUAGGCGUACUUGCUAAAAUUAAAAUUCAGACAUGCUGCAAAUAAAUUUCAAACAGCGUCAGUGAUGUUGUUGCUUACACUGAUCAGACCAAAUCUAGUGUUGAAAACCAUAAAGGGGAAAUCAUGGUGGUUGUAUGUUUAGGUAUUUUACUUUAUUUUUGAGUAAAGUUUUUUAUUCAAAAGGUAUUUGUUCAGUCGGCUGCUGAUUGGCUGAGCUUUUCAAAACGAGCUAAACGCAGUUAAAUUUUAUAUUCCAGGAAUAGUUUAUAAGACAGAACCAGCGAUUUGCAGCAUUAACAACAAAAUAUUUUGUAGUUGCUUCAGUGUAAAUAAAGGAGAGGGUUCAGGGUUCAGCCUGGGUUUGCUUGAGACACACGUCAAUAAAGAAGCAACAAGAUGUCA